AUGGCCCACACAACAGAGACAUACUACUACUACGUCCCCAAUCUCCAGGCCCUGGACCCUACAGCCCGCGAAGUCGACCCUUCAGCCUACACCUGGGUGCAGCCGACCAUUAUUGAAGACGAUGACCUCACCUUCGGCGGAAAGUCUCUGAGCGCCUGGUACGAGGAGGACCGUCGCCGUCACAGUGGAAGCGACGAGGAGGAGCGCCGUGGACGCGAGCGCGUGCGAAGAAACUACUCGCGUUCCGGCAAGUCGCACAAGAAGUAA